AGCUUCUGGCUCAGGGGAACCUGCCGGCGCAGGGCUGGCGCGCUGCGGCCUGGCCCCUCGGCGGCGCAGGGGCGGCAGCAUGGAGGCCGCGACCGCCGCCAGCGCGCUCGAGGUGCUGCGGGGCAUGUGCCGCCAGUCCGAGGAGGCGCCCGAGGCCUUCUGCGCGGAGUACGCCGCCACCACCGCGCGGGCGGUGGAGCUGCUCGCGAGGAGCGAGGGCGACGCACUGCUGGUCGGGGCGGGCGGCGAGACCUGCCUGCACUACGCGGCGGGCUGCGGCUGCCUGGAGGCCUGCAGCUCCCUGCUGGGCCGCCGGGGCGCCCUGAACUUCCAGCAGGACGCCCUCGGCCAGACGCCGCUCUUCUGGGCGGCGCGGCGCGGCAUGGUGCAGACGGCGCAGCUGCUGCUCGCCCACGGCGCGGACCCGGACCACGCCGACCGCCAGGGCCUCACGCCGCUGCGCCUCGCGCGGCGCCUGGGCCUCCCGCGGCUCUGCCGGGCGCUGCGGGCGCACGGCGGGCCCGACGGCGGCGGCCGCGGGG